AUGUGUGCGAUGUCGACAGCCCACUCCAAGUCUGCAGACACAAUUGCGCCCGAUGAAAUUGACACCGAGCACUCCGUAGUGGUGAAGCACACCUUCUUGGACGUCCAGGAAGGUGAAAGCUUGGAUGAACAAUGCCGGCGAAUGCGCCGAGCAUAUUCAGAUCCAGCUUUCAUGAAAUACACCGGAGGGGCGGUGUACAAGCCUGGUCAGUUCAGCGAUGAGCAAGAUCAGGAGCUGAUGUUGAUGACCCACCUGACCAGCAGUGACUGCCCCGAGUCGGCACCAGCUUUUUCCAGCGAUACCGCCAAGGCCAAUGGUCGGACGACGAUGAUGCUGCGAAAUUUGCCGAACAACUACACAAGGCGAAUGCUGCUGGAGCUUCUCGACUCCCGUGGCUUUAGUGCGAAGUACGACUUUGUCUACCUGCCCUGCGAUUUUGCUCGCAAGUCCAACCUUGGCUAUGCCUUUGUGAACUUGGUGGAAGCAGAGGACAUCGUGGACGACUUCUGGGGAGCCUUCGACGGCUUUGUAGACUGGGAGCUGCCGACAGCCAAGGUCUGCCGCGUUGGCUUCAGUGGCCCACACCAAGGGCUGACUGCACACAUUGCUCGCUACCGCAACAGCCCGGUGAUGCACAAGAGUGUCCCUGACGAGUACAAGCCCGUCAUCCUCAGCAACGGUGUGCGCCAGCGCUUCCCUGCACCCACUCGCAAGAUCAAGCGCCCAGCCACGGGGACGCAGCGCUUGUGGUGUUGA